GGAGGCCUCUUCAGCCAGCCUGCUCAAGCCCCUGCACAGUCCAACCAGCUGAUAAACACAGCAAGUGCUCUUUCUGCCCCCACCCUCUUGGGAGAUGAGCGAGAUGCCAUUUUGGCCAAGUGGAAUCAGCUGCAGGCAUUUUGGGGCACAGGCAAAGGGUAUUUCAACAAUAACAUUGCCCCAGUGGAAUUUACGCAGGAAAACCCAUUCUGCAGAUUUAAGGCUGUGGGCUACAGUUGCAUGCCCAACAAUAAGGAUGAAGAUGGCUUGGUGGCACUAGUCUUCAAUAAAAAAGAAACAGAGAUUCGAAGUCAACAACAGCAGCUUGUGGAAUCAUUGCACAAAAUCUUGGGUUCAAACCAGACGCUUACUGUCAAUGUAGAAGGUGUAAAGACAAUGCCAGAUGACCAAACAGAAAUAGUGAUCUAUGUUGUUGAACGGUCACCCAAUGGGACGUCCAGGCGAGUUCCAGCCACCACCCUCUAUGCGCACUUUGAACAAGCAAACAUCAAAACCCAGUUGCAGCAGCUUGGAGUAACCCUCACCAUGGCCAGGACAGAACUCUCCCCAGCACAAAUUAAGCAGUUGCUACAACAUCCUCCUGCAGGUGUUGAUCCUAUCAUUUGGGAACAGGCCAAAGUGGAUAAUCCAGAUUCUGAAAAACUGAUUCCAGUGCCAAUGGUUGGCUUCAAGGAACUCUUAAGGAGGUUGAAAGUUCAAGACCAAAUGACAAAGCAGCAUCAAACCCGUUUGGACAUAAUAUCAGAAGAUAUCAGCGAGCUUCAAAAAAACCAGACUACAACGAUGGCCAAAAUAGCUCAGUAUAAGAGGAAGCUGAUGGAUCUUUCCCAUCGAACGUUGCAGGUGUUAAUCAAGCAAGAGAUCCAGAGGAAAAGCGGGUAUGCCAUCCAAGCAGAUGAGGAGCAACUCCGUGUGCAGCUGGAUACGAUUCAGUGUGAACUCAACGCCCCUACACAGUUCAAGGGUCGGUUGAAUGAGCUGAUGUCACAGAUCAGAAUGCAGAAUCACUUUGGAGCUGUCAGAUCUGAAGAGAGAUACUAUAUAGAUGCAGACCUCUUACAGGAAAUCAAACAGCAUUUAAAGCAGCAGCAAGAAGGACUAAGCCACCUGAUCAGUAUUAUAAAAGACGACCUGGAAGACAUAAAGCUGAUAGAACAUGGCUUAAAUGAGAGCAUCCCAGUUAGAGGGGGUGUCUUCAGUUGAUUGACUGGUCCUUUCCAUUGACUGUAUGGGCAUGUAAAACAUGUUGCUUUCCUUGACUGAAAUCCAUUGGGUGGUUCUUUGGACCAUUAACCUUAGUGUAAGUUCCAAGAGAGUGCCAAAUGCUUGGCAUUCAACACUGAAGGUCAAAAGGCUAAAGGUUUAGAAAGCUGCACUUGAUUUUAAGGUGGAAAGAUACUUUAGAUCACGGUUUCUCAACCUUGGCAGCUUUCAGAUGGGUUGACUUCAACUCCCAGGAGUUCUGGGAGUUGAAGUCCACCCAUCUGAAAGUUGCCAAGGUUGAGAAAUCCUGCUUUAGGUACUCCUCUGUGAUCUAACCCUGCAUUUCUAUUAUGUCAACUGUGUCUCAUUUUGUUUUUCUGAACAACACUUCCUGUUGUUCAACAGGAACACUGUUAAACUAUUGGUAGGAAAUAACACAUCUUCUCUAUAUCAGAAGCAACACAAAACAACUCGUUUGGUAUACCUUGUGAAUCAUAUGCUUUAAAGGCGAAACACAUCUGCCCAAUGUUUGGGGGCAAGCUGUGGAAAGAAGUGCACAGGUGAAAGGUGUUUUUCCCUUUUCUUAACAAUGACAACCAAAAACGUAUCGUAUUAUAUCAUUUUACUUCAUCAGACUUUAUAAUAUUACUCUUCUAAGAGGUAAUAAAAUCAGUGCUUCGUUUUUGUUAUCCAGCCAUAUGCUCUUUGUACUGGAUCACUUGUUUUGAAAAUAACUGCAGAUGCAAACUGUGUCUAGGAGUCUUAAUCCUCCCUAAUCAGCAUUUAUAUUGGCCCACAUAGCCUCUGAGAUUCAGAGCUACCAACAUCCCUGUCCACCCACCCCCUAUGCCAAGUGAUACAACAGAAGCCUACAAUUGAAGCACUGCCUGUUGCUUCAACAUCCCUCUUGUAAUGCAAGGCACAGUAGAGUUAUUGUGACCUCUGGUGUUAUAUUUCCUGAAGUGAAGGCGAAAAUGAAAUCCUUACAAAAGUUUUUAAAAAGAGCAUUGCUUUACUGUAGCAGAGAGCUAGCUGUGUGAAGAUGUUAGCUGCUGUUUUUUUAGCCAAAGAACUGGGGCUGAGGGAAUAGCCACAUCAGCAUGCUAUCCUUCAUUCAGAUUUCUUGGCAUGGUGAAACAGCACUUCUGCGUUUUAGUAUUUUUCCAUUUGUUGUUGUUGUUAAUUGCACCAGAAUAGUGAUGGUAGACUCUCAGCUCAUCAAUGCUUACACUUACGCUUCUUGGUAUCCCUCCAGAAUACAGAAAAGGUAACCCGUAUGUGUGCAGCCAAAGGCAAGUGGUGAAACCAGGCACUUGAAUUGUAGCUGCUAUCAAGUUUUCCAAUGGUGGUUGCUGAGUAUAUGAAGAGUGGCCAGGAGACAGUGCAGUUUUAAGGCAGUUACAAAAACCCUGUACUUAGCUACAGUCAAAUGAAUUCUCAUGCUUUUUUCCCAUGCUAGUCUUGCAAACACUUGCAGCAAAACAAAUGUUCUCCAGAGUGAUAACAUCUGCCUGCCAGCACACUUGUAGGAGGAUUUUCUGAUGUUACCAGUUUGGCAAAAGGAUUUUGGUCAAUGGCAGUAAACAUAUUUGCCUGCUGGAAGAAGAUGGAUGGGUGAAGAAAGAUUAAUUGGUCUCCUUCUUAAUUUAAUAGCCUUUUAAAAAUAAAAGGUCCAAAAGGAGGCCAAGGAGAAUGAAGGCAAAGUUAAUGGAUAUUGAGGAUUGGAACCCACACUUAAGAUGGAAUGAAAAACUCUAUUUUUGAAAUUUAGAUUAGCAAUUCUGGUUAGGACCAGUUUCUACUACUCUUCUAUGUUAAUGCCUGUGUAUAGUGGUUUUGAAAAAUUAACUCUGUAUAAUGGUUUUGAGAAAAUCAGGGACUGUCAGACAAAUCUACAUAUAAAUAAAAUAGUCUUGAAACAAAGAUACUGUUUGUUUUUGGAUAGAUACGAAUGUAUAAGAGUUAAGUUUAAAACUUGUUUUGCUAAUGCAUUCAUCAGCCAACCUUGGCAAUGAUAACAUAGCCUUUUUUUAUUAGACCCGUUAAAGUUGUAAUGAAAAGGAAAUCUCCAGUCGUUGGAUACAGUUGAUAAAACUUUAUUUAUGCUGUAUUGUGCUUUAAAAUGGAGUAAGAUAUUAAAAGAAAUGCAUUUUAUCUGAAAUGUUUGCAUUUUCUUAAGCACUUUUUAAAAAGCUUCAAUGCUUGAAAGUUAAAGUGAGAGGGAAGAUUUCCAGUUUCUUCUGAUGUCAAAUUCAGGAAAAUUAAAAAUUGCUCCAUUUGUAGCAGUAAAUAAUUCACCCUUUGGAGUUAGUUCAGAGGCACAUUUUGGGAUAAAAGAUGGGUAUGGAAGUAGCAACCUGGAGUGUUUGCCAUUUGAGACAGUGGACCUUAUCCACCAGCCCAGCCCAUG